AUGAGUAAUCCUAAUCCAUGGCUGAUGCUGAGACCCACAUUCGACAGAAGCCGCGGCGGCAUGGUGUACAACUUCUACAACCUAGAGGACAAUGAGGUGGUGCGGAUCAACAAGUACGGCCCGGGACCGGAUCCUCCGGAGCACCCGGACGACGAAGCCGAGGUGGUGGGAUCCUCCCACGGCUGGCUAGCCUUAAAGAACCACCGCAACAACGAGCUGUUCCUCUCGAACCCCAUGACCCACCGCCACAUCAAGCUCCCACCCAUCGACUCCCUCCCCAACCCCGAGUUCAACCUGGACAACUGCAGCCGCUCAGCAAACGUGUCAAAACUAAUCCUCUCCGCCUCCCCCGACGACGCCGACUGCCGCGCCAUGGUGGCGUUCGGCUGGAGCGGCAGGCUGGCCUUCUGCCGCCCCGGGCACAGCCGCGACUGGGCCCCCAUCGGCCAGCUAUUCAUGGAGCGGGAGCGAGAGGGAAAAUGGUACGACUACAAGUACGCUAGGUCAUACGAUGAUUUCGUGUUUUCAAGCAAAAGCAAUGUCUUCACUUGCUUGACCAGCUCCAACAUCCACACCAGGGGAUUGGAGGACUGGGACCUCACAAGCAUCGAUUCUCCCAAAAUAGAUUGGAUUCGGAGACAGGGUGACGAAAAAGAAGAAAACAAUGACGAUAACGAAGAAAUGAAGCAGAAGCAGCACCUGGUGUAUGCGGAGCAGACGGGUGAGCUCUUCAUCGUGAAUCGUCUCAUCCAAGAAGGUACAACUCGAAGAUGUGAUGUGUAUAGAAUUGAAAAGGAGAAGGGGGGGUGGACCAACAUUAGGCCAUGUUCGUUGCAGGGUAUAGCGUUGUUUGUCGGAACCAACCACUCCUUCGCCGUCUCCGCGCCCCAUAUCAUGCCCAAUUCUAUUUACUACGCUGACGGUGACGAUGUCGGAAUAUACGAUUGCGAUGACGAGACUUUCUCAAAUUGCUAUUAUCCUGAUGAUGCUGAUCAAGCCUUAGACGAUACUGAUGAUACACCUAUUUGGUUUACUCCCAUGCUUACUUGA